AUGGCAGAUUGUGAUUGUGGAGGAAAUUUCGUCUAUGAAAGGGGCCAGACUAUAUGUGAUAGAUGUGGAAGGGUCGCAGAAGACAGCAACUUAAAGUCGGAAAUCACUUUCACAGAACGCUCGUCUGGCAAUGCUACUGCUGAUGGUACCGUCAUUGGACAUGAUCAAGCUCGCGCAAGGAGUCGAAGCAAGUUCGGUACUGUACGUGGAGGAAUGCCAGAGUCUCGGGAACAGACAAUGGCCAAAGGAAAGAAUAAGGCCACUGAAAUGGGUACUCAUUUCGGAUACAAACAGACUGAGAUCGAACAGGCUACUUCUUGGCUCAAUCUUGCUAUUGCCCACAACUUUACAAAGGGUCGACGUACCGAUACUGUCGUCGCUGCCUGUCUCUAUCUUGUAGCCAGAUUGGGUGACAAGGGUCUCAUGCUCAUUGACUUUUCUGAACGUGCCGAAACGAACGUAUAUACAUUGGGUGCUACAUUCUUGAAACUGGCACACCUAUUAGGCGUUGCAAUUCCCAAUAUCGAUCCAAGUAUUUACCUUGCUCGUUUCGCUGAAAAGCUCGACUUCGGGGGAAAAAAGACGUCCGUUAUUAAAGUCGCCACCAAUCUGGUGAGACGUAUGCAACACGAUUGGAUGGCUAUGGGUCGACAUCCUGCUGGUGUUUGUGCAGCAUGUCUCUUCAUUGCUGCUCGUAUGCAUGGAUUCCGUCGAAGCCAUCGUGAGAUUGUCAGUGUCGUCAAGAUUUGUGAAACUACUCUUCGAAAAAGGUUGACUGAAUUCAAAGACACACCAUCUGCGGAUUUGAAUCCAGUAGACUUCAUCAAACAGAAUGACUGGGACAAGCGUGGAAAAGAAUUGAAAUUGCAGCCUUCACCUCUUCCUCCUAUAUUGACUCAGAGGAGACGUCGUGGUGGGUCAGCUGAUGAUGAAGACAAGAAGGGUAUCCUUGAUGAUGACGAUGACGACGAUGAAGAUGACGAAGACGACAAACGCAACCAAACCGAUAGUAUUCGUAGGAAUAAUCGCAAGGAUGUUGACGACGAUGAUGAUGAUUCAGAAAAUGGCGAAGGACAAAGAGCAUCAUCAUCUACACGUCACCGACAGCGACAACAAUCAGGACGAGCAGGAUCUCAAGCUCCAUCUGACGACGAUGACGUGAAUAUAAACGGUCCAAUGCUCAGCCAAUAUGGAGAUGAUAUGGAAGAGAACGGUAUCUUGGACGAGAUGAGCAAAACAUUGGAAAAUCCCGACUUUCAGCAAAUUACUAGAGAAUUAGGAGGCACUCCUGGUCCCAGUGACGAUGACUCAACCACUCCACUUGCACCUGCACCCGCAGUACCCAAGUCUGCCCUCAAACGAAAAAGAACGCCAACACCAUCAUCUACCAGACUCAAGAAGACAAGGUUCGAAGAUACACCAUCAGUCACGCUAUCUCCCGUCACGACGUUCCUUCCACCUCCAUUAGGAGUAGCAUUACCAAAAGCACCAACAGAUUUCGCAGCAACAACUCCAUCUUCACCAACAUCCACCGAAGAACAAACAUUACCGGCAACAAAUAAUAAUACAGAUGCUACUAUAACUCCAGCAGCUACAUCCGAUGCAUUGACAGCAGAAGAACAAAACUGGGAAUUAUUGGAUGAUGACAAUGAAAUUAUGAAUGCCUUCUUGACUGAUGACGAAGUGUCACUUAAGAAGAGGAUUUGGGAAGAGGAAAAUAGAGAUUGGGAAGAAAAGCAAGAAAGGAAACGUAUUAUGGAGUUGGCUAGUGGAAAAUCAUCUCAAUCAAAGAAGCCACGUAAGCCAAGAGACAAGAACGCAGCAAAUCAAGCACCUGCUGCAACAGCCGCUGAAGCUGCCAGACAAUUAUUAGCUACCAAAAAAAUGUUGUCAAAAAAGAUCAAUUACGAUGUCUUGGAAAGCCUCUUUGCUGACGUCAAACCUCCAGCACCAGCACCAACUCCACCUGCUUUAUAG